AAUAAGCUGAAAAUCCUUGCGAUAAUAGCCAUACACCAGACAACUUUCCUUCACUCAUUCGGUAACAUCUACCCCUACCGACGUUUACAUGCCGAGCAAAAUCGGGCCUGUUAAAUCGUAGCCAGACGGACAUCUUGCCGACAUGGAUGGGAGAAGUUUUUGGCACGAAGACCAUGCUGAGACAAACUCGUCUCACCCUCCAAAUCGACAAAAGACUUUCCACCAUGACCUGGGCAAUGUGGCUCAUAAGUCGCGAAACGGUUCGACCACCCUACGACACGAUCAUUACACCAUCGCCUGGAUCUGCGCGCUGUACAUAGAGAUGGCAGCAGCUCAAGCCAUGCUGGACGAGGUUCACGAAGCCCUGCCUAGACAUGCGAACGACAACAACUCGUACACGCUGGGAAGCAUUAAGCAACACAACGUCGUCAUUGCAUGCUUGCCUGAUGCCCAGUAUGGAACGAAUGAUGCGGCCAACGUUUUAACCAACCUAACCCGUACAUUUCCGUCCAUCCGACGGGGGUUGAUGGUCGGCAUUGGAGGCGGAGCGCCGAGCAAGGCUGAUAUUCGUUUGGGCGACAUCGUCGUUGGAAUAAGAGUGAUGCAGUAUAAUCUAGGCAAGGUAGUCGAGGACGGAAAGAUCCAGCGAACAGCGACCCCGAAGAUCCCCGGGUAUUCACUCCGUACAGCCGUAACCAAUCUACGAUCGCAACAUGAGUUCGAGCCAAGCCGAAUCCCGUUCAUUUUGCGGGAGAAGAUGGAAAGACGCGCCGCGUACAGUCGUCCGAGCACACCAGAUCGCCUGUUUCAGGCGUCGUAUAAGCACGAAGCUGCAACGCCCAGAUGCGACCAUUGUGACCAGUCGAAGCUAGUAUGGCGAAGGGCGCGAGUGUCCGAUGACCCGAUGAUCCAUUACGGUGCCAUCGCUUCCGGGAACCAGGUGAUGAAAGAUGCCACCACCCGGGAUAAUGUCGCCCGCGAAUUGGACAUUAUCUGUUUCGAAAUGGAGGCUGCUGGCCUCAUGGAUGUUCUCCCUUGUCUUCCAAUUCGGGGCAUCUGCGACUAUUCAGACUCUCAUAAGGCUAAGGAAUGGCAAAGGUAUGCCGCAGCAACCGCCGCCGCAUAUGCAAGAGAGUUCCUGGAGGUGCUCGCCGUGGAUGGAGAAGUUGCAGAGGCUGGGUACAUGCCCGACCCUGGUCAAGAUGCAUCACAAGACCGUCGACAGCGGUUGCUGGAUUCCCUUACAUUCGAGCAAAUCGAUGCCCGCAAAACUGCCAUCAAACCUGCUCACGCCAAAACCUGUCACUGGUUUCUCAAGCACCCAGAUUACCAGGCAUGGCUUGAUCCCCAGAAACUGUCACGGCACCAUGGCUUUUUGUGGAUUAGGGGCAAACCUGGUGCUGGUAAGUCGACCAUUAUGAAGUUCAUAUACAUGAAGAUGAAAAAGAAAGAUAUUCGUCAACAGGCCAUCACUGCCUCAUUCUUCUUCAACGCCAGAGGCGAGUAUCUGGAGAAAUCGAUUUCUGGCAUGUACCGAUCCUUGCUUUUGCAGCUCCUAGAGGGAUUCCCUGACCUCCAAGAAGUCUUCGAUGAUCCCGACCUGGUUCCUCGAAGCCAAACCAAUUGCCCUUCCCUGAACGUUCUCAAAAGCCUUUUCCGCAGCGCAAUCUCUGCCCUCGGUGAACGCUCAUUUACUUGCUUUGUUGAUGCUCUUGAUGAGUGUGACGAGCAGCAAGUUAUGGACUUGGUUGAGUACUUCGAAGACUUGGCCGAACAUUGCACUGAAACAGGCGUGCGGCUCCAGAUCUGUUUCUCGAGCCGCCAUUACCCGUACGUCGAUGUACGACUGGGCAUCCGACUCGCACUUGAGGACCAGGACGGCCAUGCUGGAGACUUGGAUAACUACAUCAAAAGCAACCUGCGAAUCAAGGAUCCUUCACUUGUCGAAGAGCUGCGACCAAAGAUGCUUGAGAAAGCUGCCGGGGUUUUCUUGUGGGUCGCCCUAGUUGUCGACAUUCUGAACAAGGAAAACCGCCGAGGUCGCCUAGCUCUGAAAAAGAGACUGGCGGAAGCUCCGAGUGGCUUGAGUGAACUUUUCAAGGACCUAUUGAGGAGGGACAACGAGAACAUGGAGGAGCUACUGCUCUGUAUCCUCUGGAUCCUCUACGCAAAGCGGCCACUGAGACCAGACGAGUACUAUCACGCACUGUGGUCCGGAUUGUCCCUGGAGAAUCUUGCCGAUCCUGAAAUCCCGAUUGUUACCGUCUCAGACGGCCGUGACUAUUUUCUCGUCAAAGAUGGGGGUCUCCAUGAAUUGUGGCCUGAUCUUGGAUUUGACUGGGAGAGCCCAAGCCAUGAGAGACUCAAACAAUGUUGCAACUCAUACAUGAAUCAUACCUUGGUGCGUGCGUCUGUCAGCAAGCUGCAUUCACAGGCCACGGAAAUCUCAAAGGAGUACCCUUUUUUGGAGUAUGCUAGUCAGCAUGUUUUCUACCAUGCCAACGCUGCGGCGGAUGCGGUUCCUCAAGACGAGUUUCUAUCUUGUUUCUCCGUUCCCAACUGGAUCAGCUUCAUCAAUCUUUUUGAAAAGUUCAAGAUUCGUGAAUACAGCCCGGAUGCAAGUCUCUUCUAUCUUCUCGCAGAAAACGGAUUCUCGGAGCUCAUCCGCACAAGGCUCAAGGAGGAUCCGCGUGUUCAUGUUUUUGGAGAGAUAUAUGGGUACCCGCUCUUUGCUGCUUUGGCAAACGGUAACAAAGAUGCUGUUGCUGCUCUUCUGAACUCGCCUUCGAGCAUCUGUAACGGAGUCGACAUUACAGAGGGUCUGAACGGCAGGAAAGACUUGAAAGAAUACGAAAAUCGAACACCGCUAUCCUGGGCUGCCCAGAAUGGUCGGGUAGGCAUUGUCAAGCUGCUUCUCCAAACAGGGACCACAGUCAAUGACGUGGAUUGGGGGGGCCGAAUGUCACUUUCACUGGCCUCAGAGAACGGCCACGAGGCCUCAGAGAAUGGCUACGAGGCGGUGGUAAGGCUUCUUAUCGGCAAGGGAGCAGACGCUAACGCCAGCGAUAAAGAUGGAUGGACACCACUCUUACGGGCCUCAGAGAGGGGCCACGAGGCGGUAGUAAGGCUUCUUAUCGACAAGAGAGCAGACGUCAACGCCAGCGACAAUGAUGGAUGGACACCACUCUUACGGGCCUUAGAGAAUGGCCACGAGGCGGUGGCGAUGCUUCUUAUUAUCAAGGGAGCAGACGUCCAUGCUAGCAAUGAGCAUGGAUGGACACCACUCUUACGGGCUUUACGGAAUGGCUACGAGGCGGUGGUGAGAGUUCUUAUCGACAAAGGAGCAGACAUCAACGCCAGCGACAAAUAUGGAAUAUCACCACUCUUUCUAGCCUCACGGAAGGGCCAUGAGGCGGUAGUAAGGCUUCUUAUCAACAAGAGAGCAGACGUCAACGCCAGCGACAAUAAUAGAUGGACACCACUCUUACGGGCUUCGGAGAAUGGCUACGAGGCGGUGGCGAUGUUGCUUAUCGACGAGGGAGCAGACGUCAAUGCCAGCAACGAGUAUGGAUGGACACCACAUUUUCUAGCCUCACGGAACCACCACGAGGCAGUGGCAAAGCUUCUUGUCGAGAAGGGAGUCGAGGUCUCCAUCACGCCUUGGGGGCAUUGGUGAGUUGCUGGGCGUGAUACAGAGCAUAGUUCAUAUGGAGAUUUUGGGGUCAGGGAUGACGGGCUGUUCAGAGGACGAAAUUUUAUCAGAACAAAACAAAAAUAACACCAGUUAUAGAGCGAUAGAAUCGUAGAC